AGAGUGUGUGUGUGUGUGUGUGUGUGUGUGUGUGUGGAGUGGGCGGAUAGCUCUGAUCCUCCUGCGUUGUGUCUGGCUGGAGUGUUUAGAGAUGCAGUGCACAUGUAGGCAGUCAGAGUGUGUGUGUGUGUGUGGAACAGAUCACAGCUCUUCUCUCCACAAACAUCUUCUCUGGCAGAAGCUCUUCUACGCCGACAGUGCCGAUGGCCUCCAGCGCUCGGAUCCUGUGUGUGAUCCUGUUCUCCUGGGUUCUGCUCUCGAGUCCGACCGAGUCCAAGCGGAACCGAGGCGCGAUCCCUCACCCGGACAAGAGCACCCCGAACGAGUCGGACCAGAACCAGAACCAGAACCAGAACCCUCAUCAGAGAGGCAGGAGCCGAGGCUCAGAGGAGGUUCUGGAGUCCAGCCAGGAGGCGCUGCACGUGACCGAGCGCCGGUACCUGAAGCGGGACUGGUGUAAAACCCAGCCGCUCAAACAGACCAUCCACGAGGAGGGGUGCGUGAGCCGGACCAUCAUCAACCGGUUCUGCUACGGCCAGUGCAACUCCUUCUACAUCCCGAGACACGUGCGCCGAGAGGAGGGAGCGUUCCGGUCCUGCUCGUUCUGCAAACCCAAACGCUUCACCACCAUGAGCUUCACCCUGAACUGCCCCGACCAGCAGCCGCCGACCCGGAAGAAGCGCGUGCAGCGGGUCAAGCAGUGCCGGUGCAUCUCCAUCGAGCUCGACUGAGGGUCCGGGGUCUCGGGUCUGGGUCU